UUGAAGCCAGAUCACGAAUUUAUUGAACGUGCAUAAGCGAUUUUCAAAUGACAGUUGAAGAAGUUUCAGAAAGACCUGAGUGGCACACUCUGCAGAGGGAGCAAGAAAGAGAACGACGGCGUAUGCGGGACAGACAAAGAAGACAAUCCAUGAGUCUUGAACAGAGGGAAAAACAUCUUGCUAGACGCCGUAGAAAUUAUCAACUACGUAGACAAAGAGCCGAAAAUGCCCAAUUGGAUUCUCGGCAUGUAAAAACAAGUAUAGCAGCUAGAGGUGAACUAAAGACACAGAAUGAAAAUCAAGCGUUAGUUGCUGAUUUGGAACUUAGUGUCCAGUGUGACGUUGUAGCGCAUGUUGGAUUUGACAGUGGACAAGAGACUCUAAAUGCAUCAGCUACAAAAUCUGAGGGCGCGGAAGGUGGAGGUCAAAAUUCAGCUAAACUCCCUCAAAGGUUACGUCUCAGUAAAAUUAGACAUCUUGCAAGAUUAUUGAAUACUCCUGUGGGUAGGCUUGGUGCCACUCACCAAAUUGGAGCAGAUGUUGCAGCAAAGGAAAAUGCAAGAACAAACUGCUUCACACAGCCGUGGUCGUCCUCAGCUAGUGAGAUUCUGAUGGCAAACACAAUCUACUCUUUUCCUUCUCAGCACCAGGAACAGCCAUUUGAAAUGAUCACUGAUGCAGCAGCAACAAGCAUCCUCACUCGUCUGCUCCACCUUCAUCACACUUUACUUGCUUCCAAAACUGAAGGAAGAAUAAAUAGGAGCAGAAAAUCUGGAAGCUUGGAUACCACUACUCCAAUCCCUACUGGUCAGCUUUGCCACCUGGUUCAAAAAAGAGAUAGAUCUAUCAAACUUGCAGAUCAAACAUGA